AUGGAUGGAUACGGCGCAUCUCGCCUGCUCUUUCGGCCCAAGACAGAGGCAAAUGACGAGGAGAGAGCGGAAAAGAGGUCUUCUGAGCACCCCGUCAUCCUCACUGGGUACGUGCCGGACGCCGUCGUUGGACUGGAUCCAGGGAUGCGAACCAUUUGUACGACCGUCACAGGAGAUCUACGCUCUAAUAGGAAAAGACACUGUCGACAACGAAGACGCAGAUCCCGGCGUGGUAAGGAGACACUUGGAUCACAUCGAAGGAAGAGUGAUCACCCGCACUGGAUACGUACACCCAAGGCUCCUCAGCGUCAAUGCGACCGAGAUGUAGAUCGCAUCAGUACACGUGAAUAUCGGCACUUGGCCGGGUUCAACAAAUUUCGAAAGUGGAAUGAGUGUCUGAAGAAACGAGAUGGAGAAUAUCAAAGAGUCAUUGCCGACAUGCCGUCGUUCAAGACGGCAAGCCUUAAGAAGUACUUGGAGUGCCUCGACUACUUCUGGCGCCACGCAAACUUCCUACUAGAAUUCUGUGCUGAACACCCGUUUCUUAAGUGGAAAUUUUUCAUGAAGCGAAUGGCUCGCGUUGCGGUGGAUGCAAUAGCCAAAAACGCAUCGUUCCAGCGAAGUCAUGCAUACAGUCCAGUGAAAGGCUUGAAGCAGGCGCUUCAGAAGCGCGCGAUGGUGGUCUCCAUGGACGAGUUCAUGACGAGCAAGCUCUGCUCGCAGUGCCACCAGACGCUUUCGUUUGUUCAAUAUCUCGUCGCCACCAAGUUCAUGAAGCGAAAGAAGCGUAAGGGCACGGUUCUGAUACGCAAUCGACCAGAAGUACAGUUCGAGAAGAAGAAAUGUUACGGAGUGCUCCGCUGCGACCACGAGGGAUGCGGGGCUUGCUACUGGGACCGCGACGUGAACGCAGCAAUCAACAUGUUGGAGCUCCUGAAGAGCGAAAUUUUAGGUCUCGGACGCAUGGUGCCCUUCAAUAGGAAGUAG